AUGAAGAAAACCAACAUGUGGCUGUUGGAUCGGCUGAGAGGGUCUGGGGAGAACGGUGCCUCCCGUGGGGCAGAUGGGGACCGGUCCUCUAAGGGACCCCUGUACAGCAAUGUUCUCACCCCAGAUAAGAUCCCCGACUUCUUCAUUCCUCCGAAGCUUACCUCAGGGCCAGGUGAAGUAGAGGGGGCAGCUAUGGGUUCGGGCUCAGGCUCCAGCUCCCCACACUUAGGAUCAUCAACCUCUGAACAAAACUUGGCGUCUGGCAGCAGCGGGGGCCGAAAGGCCCAACGAAGCCCCCGUUUGCCCAUCAAGCUAGCAACUGAGAGCAAGAACUUGUUGAAGGCAGCCAGCCGACACGUGAUCCAGAUUGAGAGCGCUGAGGACUGGCGGCCAGAGGAAGAGGAGGAGGCUGUGGCCACCAAUGCCGAUCCCCAGGCCCAAACCGCCAUGUCCUUGCCCUAUGUACCCAAGGCCCAGACAUCUUAUGGGUUUGCCACUCUGAUGGAGAGCCCCCACACCCGACGCAAAGAAUCACUCUUCCACAGUGAGCAUACUGGCCUGGCCCAGGCUGGAUCCCCCAGCGCCCUUCGGAGAGCUGGGGCCAAGGCCAAUGGUGAGGGCACCUCCCGAGCCGAGGCCCUGAUGAGCCCCUACCGAUAUUUCAGUGGGGGUGAGAGUGACACGGGCUCGUCAGCUGAGUCAUCACCCUUUGGGUCACCCCUGCUUUCACGCUCCGUGUCUCUGCUCAAGGUUUUUGCCCAGGAUGGGCAGGCCAAGGUGAGCCAGCUGAGGCACUCUGUGGGCCGCCACAGCUCCUUGUCCACGGAUGACAGCUCUGCUGACAUCAGCCCCAGCACCCGCCGCCGUGCCCGCCGUAUCACCCUGACAGGCCCAGAGGCCAGCAGUGAGGCUGCCUCAACCCCUCGGGGUGAGCACACGGUGCGCCUGGGCAAACGAGGGAGCCUUCGCCUAGCAGCUGAGUAUGACCCGGACCAAGCCCGCCUCCGGGUGAGGCUGCUCGCCGCUGAGGGCCUCUACGACCGUCUCUUUGACACUCGAAGCAUCAAUUGCUGUGUGGGCCUCUGCCUGACACCUGGGAAACUACAGAAGCAGCGGAGCACCAUCAUCAAGAACACUUGGCAUCCCAUCUUCAACGAGGACUUCUUCUUCGAUGGUCUAUGCCCCUCUAGUGCCCGCAAGCUGGCUCUCAAGCUCAAAGUAGUGAACAAGGGAGGCAGCCUGAAGAGGGAUACCCUGCUGGGUGAGAAGGAGGUGCCCCUCACGGCUCUGCUGCCUUUCUUGUGA